AUGGGGUCAACAUCUAUUGAGUCGCUUCGUUGGGGAGUUUGGGCGGAUUCCGAGGGUUCGGUCGCCGAGGGAGGUUCCCUUUCUGGCGCAAUUGUUGAUGAAGUCGGAAUGGAAGUGGGUGGUUGUGCUGUGGGUUGCACAUUCGGUUCUGAUGCAGGUACUGCUGGGAAACGCCGCAGAGACAGAAUCAACGCUCAACUCUCCGCAAACUCAUCCCUAAAUCGCUCAACUCUCCGCAAACUCAUCCCUAAAUCUGAAAAGAUGGACAAGGCGGCGCCAUUGGGGCACGUGGUGGAUCACGUGAAGGAGCAGCGGCAGAGGGCGAAGGAGGCGAGCAAAAUCAGCAGCGGCGUGCCGAGCGAGAUCGACGAGGUAAUCGUCGAUCAGAUUGAAGACGGAUCGGAGCAGAUCAAGUCGUCGAUCUGUUGCGACGAUCGGCCGGAGCUCUUCGCGGAGAUCGGGAGCGCUCUGAAAGCGCUGGAAGCCACCAUUGUUGAAGCCAACAUCUCGAAGCACACACACCAGCACCCUCACAAUCCCUAA